UGAGGGAAGAGGCGGCGGCCGCACAGCACUCGGGGAGACGGAGGAGGAUAAGGAAGGGGAGAGGAGGAAGAAGGAGGGGAAGGAGCUGUGGCUCUCGGCGGAUCCUGGUGGCUCCCGGGAUCAGGCGGGAAUCUCCAAUUCAUUGCUUGCUGAGUGUCCUCUCUGGUGGAAGUCAUGUCCAUAUUGCCAUUCACUCCACCAGUUGUGAAGAGACUUCUGGGGUGGAAAAAAUCUGCUGGUGGCACUGCAGGGGCUGGUGGUGGUGAGCAGAAUGGUCAGGAGGAGAAGUGGUGUGAGAAAGCAGUGAAAAGCUUGGUCAAGAAGCUAAAGAAAACAGGACAGCUGGAUGAGCUUGAGAAGGCAAUUACCACUCAGAAUUGCAAUACAAAAUGUGUGACAAUACCAAGCACUUGCUCUGAAAUUUGGGGACUGAGUACACCAAACACGAUAGAUCAGUGGGAUACAGCAGGCCUUUACAACUUCUCUGAACAAACCAGAUCCCUCGAUGGCCGUCUGCAGGUGUCUCACCGCAAGGGACUGCCUCAUGUCAUUUACUGCCGCCUCUGGCGCUGGCCAGACCUGCACAGCCACCAUGAACUUAAGGCAAUUGAAAACUGUGAAUAUGCUUUUAAUCUUAAAAAGGAUGAAGUAUGUGUAAACCCUUACCACUACCAGAGAGUGGAGACACCAGUCUUGCCUCCUGUGCUCGUGCCACGGCACACUGAGAUCCUAACGGAGCUGCCACCUCUGGAUGACUAUACCCAUUCCAUUCCUGAGAACACUAACUUUCCAGCUGGGAUUGAGCCACAGAGCAAUUACAUACCAGAAACACCUCCUCCAGGAUAUAUCAGUGAAGAUGGAGAAACAAGUGACCAGCAGCUGAACCAAAGCAUGGAUACAGGAUCUCCAGCAGAGCUGUCUCCUAGUACUCUCUCUCCAGUUAAUCAUAGCCUGGACUUGCAACCAGUUACUUACUCGGAGCCUGCGUUUUGGUGUUCAAUAGCAUAUUAUGAGUUGAAUCAAAGAGUGGGAGAAACCUUCCAUGCGUCUCAGCCUUCCCUGACUGUAGAUGGCUUUACAGAUCCAUCAAAUUCAGAGCGAUUUUGUCUAGGUCUGCUUUCCAAUGUAAACAGAAAUGCUACAGUGGAAAUGACAAGGCGACAUAUAGGCAGGGGAGUGCGUCUGUACUACAUUGGCGGAGAGGUUUUUGCCGAGUGCCUGAGUGAUAGCGCGAUCUUCGUUCAGAGCCCCAACUGCAAUCAAAGAUACGGCUGGCAUCCUGCAACUGUGUGCAAGAUUCCUCCAGGAUGCAAUCUAAAAAUCUUUAAUAACCAAGAAUUUGCUGCUCUUCUGGCUCAAUCUGUGAAUCAGGGCUUUGAAGCAGUCUAUCAGCUUACUAGAAUGUGUACCAUAAGAAUGAGCUUUGUUAAAGGAUGGGGGGCUGAAUACAGGCGGCAGACGGUAACAAGCACUCCUUGCUGGAUUGAGCUUCACCUGAACGGGCCUCUACAGUGGCUGGACAAAGUAUUGACUCAGAUGGGCUCCCCUUCAGUUCGCUGCUCCAGCAUGUCCUAAAACUCUCCUCUGUCACCUGUGGGCUAAAAAAGGAGUCCAGUCAACAGACUUAAUAUAACAGCUCGUCUGUCGUAGUAUUUGUGUGUGGUCCCCAUGAACUGUUUACUAUCUAAAAAGGUUUUUUAAAAAGGAAAAAAAAAAAAAAAGAAAAAGAAAAAA